UUUGUACCUUUUUCCAAAUAGAAAUGGCUUUUUAUUCCCUGCAAAACGAUGUCGUUUUCAUCAUGUCACGGGAAAUAGUACUAAUCGGAAACAGAGGAAGGAGAGAGCAGCAAUCAGGAAGGUGAAGUGCAGAGUGUUAUAAUGGAAAAAGAAGGUGAAAAGGAUAAGGAGAAAAUGGUAAUUAUAGAAGAAUGGAACGGGUCAUCGUCAACGAAAACCGCCACUAUUACUUCUUCCCAUUCUCAUUCCGUCUCCGUUAAAAGAUCCGGCAACCGUUUUGAUCAUGUUUGGAGUCGCAUUCUUCAAGCUUUUGUACCUGAGGGAUUUCCAAGCAGUGUGACUCCUGAUUAUUAUCCUUUUCAAGUAUGGGAUUCUUUGCAGGGGCUUUCUACUUACAUCAGGACCAUGCUUUCUACCCAAGCUCUCUUGAGUGCAAUUGGGGUCGGGGAGAAAUCAGCAACUGUAAUUGGUGCCACAUUUCAGUGGUUUUUGAGGGACUUAACUGGAAUGCUUGGAGGCAUUUUAUUCACCUUUUACCAGGGCUCAAAUCUCGAUAGCAAUGCCAAAAUGUGGCGUUUGGUUGCGGAUCUUACGAAUGAUCUCGGAAUGUUGAUGGAUCUCGUGUCUCCUUUGUUUCCCUCAGCAUUUAUCUUUGUAGUUUGCUUAGGAAGCUUAUCAAGAUCAUUUACUGGUGUUGCCAGUGGUGCAACUAGAGCUGCGUUAACGCAGCAUUUUGCCCUCCAGAGUAAUGCAGCAGAUAUAUCUGCAAAGGAAGGAAGUCAAGAAACAGUGGCAACAAUGACUGGCAUGGCACUUGGAAUGCUUCUUGCUCGUGUAACUAUUGGACAUUCUUUGGCUAUCUGGUUUUCGUUCCUCUCUCUCACUAUCUUCCAUAUGUAUGCAAACUAUAGGGCUGUUCGGUGCCUUGUGCUUACAUCUUUAAAUAUGCAAAGGAGCUCAAUGCUUUUGCAGCAUUUCAUGAAGACAGGCCAAGUUCUUUCCCCUGAACAGGUCUCUGGGAUGGAACAUAUUUUACCCAGAUGGACCACUUUUUGGAGAUCAACGAACUUUAAGUUGCUGCAUACACGGAUACACUUAGGUGUGAGAGUUUCUUCACUUGAUGACCAGGAAAUGAUGGAGCUAUUGCAUUCAGCCCGAUCUCACAGGAAAGCAAAGUAUCUGCUAGUGGAGAGGAAGGGAAUUGUUAGCAUUUUGAUGCACACAAAUUCUACAUCGUCUGACGUCCUGCAAUCAUUUUUUCAUGCUCUGGCUAUAGCAAAUCUUAUGGAAGAAAAUGGUCCGGUGUAUCUGGAGAGCCAAUCAUGGAUGGAUAAACAUUACGGAGUUUUUCUUCAAAAGUUAAACUCAUCUGGUUGGAAAACAGAACGCCUGCUUUCCCAGUCAAUCAUUUGGAGGGCAAACUGGAUAUUUGAACCUUCAGAUGAUAAGAUCGACUAGGAUUUGCAGCACAUUUAUCACUUAUUCUUGGGGACUAGGUAAUCUAAAUUCUAAGGUACUUGGAUUAUAGAUUAUUAUUUGAUUAUUGUUUAUUUUUGUUGAUAUGGAAUGAUUUGUAAGCUCCCAGAUUUUAAAUUUAUCAUUUUUUAUGAAUAACUUUUGUCAUA